AUGAGGGCUGUGCUCUGGGACCUGCUGCUGCUCUGCCUCUUCGCCCGGGCACGGGGCGACUGCCGGGGGGACUGCCUGCGCUGCGACCGCCACCUCUACCGGGACAGCUUUGACGUCCUCGUCUGCAUCCUGGAGUGUGAAGGCGAAGCCGUGCCGCGGGCCACUUGGGAGCUGUGCGCCGCCGCUGCCGGCCGAGCUGCCCCACGGCCCCGUGACCUCCAGGAUGCCGGCGAUCCCUGGCACGGUGCGGUGCCGGCGGCGCCGGCGGUGCCGGUGAGCCCGCUGCAGGUAAGCGAGCUGCUGCGGCGCCGGGAAGACGAAGACGAAGGCGUCGAACCGGCGCCGGACGCCUUCCCGCAGCCACCCGAGGACAUUUCCCGACGACUCGGCGGUUUCCCGCGGGGGACGCGCGGCUCGUGGCCGGCGCCGACGGCCAGGGGGGUGCAGAAGCGAUACGGGGGCUUCAUCGGGGUCCGCAAGUCGGCGAGGAAGUGGAACAACCAGAAGAGGUUUAGCGAGUUCCUGAAGCAGUACCUGGGCAUGUCGCCCCGCUCCAGUGAGUACGACAUUGCCGGCGGCAUCAGCGAGCACAACGAGAUCUAA